UUCAAUCUCUUUCCCAUUUAAUAAAAGGAUACCAAAGAUGAUGGAUAUUUUACACUUGUUCUUCUUUCAAUAAUACCACAACCCAAGCAAGACACGCUUCCUAUAUUUUUCUCUUUUUUGCUUCAAGCACACCAUCAAUACUCUUUCAUGGCUGCUUCUUCAUCAUCUUCUAGUCUAAUGAAGUAUCAUGUUUUCUUGAGCUUCAGAGGUGAAGACACGCGCCUUAAUUUCACCAGUCACUUACUUCAAGCUUUGAAAAGCAAGGGACUUGAAGUUUUCUUCGAUGAAGAAAAACUGGAGAAAGGGGAGCAGCUUUCACAAGCACUUUCUCGAGCAAUUGCAGUCUCAAAUAUCUCAAUCAUCGUUUUGUCUGCAGACUACGCCUCUUCGAAAUCAUGCUUGGUUGAACUCUCUGACAUCAUGAUCCGCAAGAGCUCUCAAGGACAUAUUGUUCUUCCCAUCUUUUAUCAUGUUGAUCCUUCCAACGUGCGAAAUAUUGGUGGGAGUUUUGAGACAUCCUUCGAAGAGCAUGAAUCAAAGCAACCAACUGAUAGUGUACAACGAUGGAAAUCUGCUUUUGCAGAGGUCGGUAAAUUAAAAGGGUGGCAUAUAGAAGGAGGCAAAAUUGAUAGACCUGAAACCGAGUACAUUAAAGAUGUUGUUGAAUAUGUUAUAAAAGAAUUGAGGAAUAUGAAGUUUAGAAGUGCUUCUAGAGAAUUGGUUGGAAUAGAAUAUCAGAAAAAUACGAUUUUGAAGCUGAUUAAGCAAAAUGACUGUCGUGUAUUAGGACUUUGGGGAAUGGGUGGUCAAGGCAAAACAACCCUUGCUGAUGCUGUAUAUAAAAAAAUCUCUUCAGAGUUUGAAAGUCAUUGCUUUCUUCAAAAUGUUAGAGAGGAAAUAAGAAAACAGGGGAAGAAAUCUUUACGACAUGAACUUUUUUCGAAAUUAUUGAAAGAUGUUGAUAUAGGCACCCCCUCCAUAGGAUCCACUUUAACUCAAGAGAUGCUCAACAAUAAGAAACUACUUGUUGUACUUGAUGAUGUUGAUGACAUAGACCAAAUAGAUUAUAUGGGUGUCGAAUAUUUUGGUUCUCAAUGUAAAAUCAUUAUAACAUCUAGAGAUAGACAAGUGCUUGAGAGUGGAGGAGCUGACACAAUACAUGAGGUGAAAGGGUUAAAUGAGAAUAAUUCUCUUCAACUCUUUUCUACCUUUGCGUUUAAGCAGUUGAAUCCCGCAAUUGGUUUUCAAGAUCUAUCCCGUAGGUUUGUAAAGUACACCCAAGGCAAUCCACUUGCUCUUAAAGUUCUGGGUUCUGAUUUAAAUAAAAGAAGUAUAAAUUAUUGGGAAAGUAAGGUGGAGAAGCUAAAGGACUGUCCCCCGGAAAAAAAAAUUUCGGAGGCUUUGAAAAGUAGUUAUGAUGGGCUAGAUAUGGUAGAGCAGAAUAUAUUUCUUGACAUUGCAUGCUUCUUUAAAGGGGAACCCAUAAAACGAACAAAACACAUUCUAAGCGGUUGUUAUAAGGGUGUAGAGUGUGGAAUAAACAAAUUGGUUGACAAGUGCUUGAUUAAUCUCUCAUCUUCUGUUGAUUAUUCUGGUUAUGUUACAAUGCGCCGUAAGAGAUAUCCAGAAAUAAUUUCUAUGCAUGAUAUGCUUGAAGGGAUGGGAAAGGACAUUGUUCGCAAAGAAUCUAAAACCCUUGGUAAGUGCAGUAGACUAUGGAAUCAUAGACACGUGGAACAAGUUUUCAAGUAUAAUAAAGGGACUGAUCGAAUUCAAGGAAUAAAGUUAGACAUGUCACAUAUGGAUAAUCUACUGUUCCAACCUUUUGUUUUUGAAAACAUGAUUAAUCUUAGAUAUAUCUUCUUCUAUUUUCCUUCAAGUUUGUUGCAUAUGGAGCGUGGCUAUUAUAAGAAGCUACUUACAUACCAAGUUGAUAUUGUAUCUCUUCCUGAUGAGCUAAGGUAUCUUCGAUGGGAUUAUUACCCCUUCAAAUCUUUACCAUCAAGUUUUAAUCCAAAGAACCUUGUUGUGUUGAAAUUAGCAUAUGGAAACAUGGAACAACUUUGGAACGAAAGUCAUCAGGAUCUUGUUCAUUUACGGAAAAUGAAUCUUUUUAGUUGCAAAAAUUUAAAGAAGAUCCCUAAUUUAUUAGGAGCCGUCAACCUUGAACGACUUGACUGUGAAAAUUGCGAAAGUUUGGUUGAGCUUCCUUCCCUCCACCAUUUGACAUCACUUCAAGCCCUUCACCUUAAGGGAUGUCGUAGUCUCAAGAAGUUUCCCGAGAUCCCAAACAACUUUUCUUGGUUAGAUUUAUCAAAAACCGGAAUAGAAGAAGUUCCUGAUUUAAUUGGGCAUCUCCUCAGACUUGAAUGGUUGAGGUUGAGAAACUCAAGGGUAGAGGAUGUAUCAAGUAUUUCAAAGUUGGAAUCCAUUUAUUUUCUAGAUCUUAGUGGUUGUCCAAUCCUCAAAUUACUCUCAGAGCUUCCACCAUAUCUGCAAGGCUUGAGUGUACAUGACUGCACAUCAUUAGUAAAAGUAUCCUUUGCAGAUCAAAAUUUAUAUAAGUUUGAUUCUUUAGAUGAUGAUGAUGUGAUUUGCAUGCUAUUCUGUAAUUGCUUCAACUUGAAUCAAGAGUCAACUAAUAACAUUGAGGCAAAUGCCAUGCUCAAAAUUGGAUCCCUAGCUAAGAAAUGGGCAGCGAGAUAUGAUUGGGAAUACCAGCGUGAAGACUUUCCAGGAUUGAUUUGUUGUUUCCCAGGGAACAAAAUUUCAGCAGACAAGUUCAAGUGUCAGAGCAUGAAUUCUUCCUUAAGUUUGAAGAUAGCUCCAAAUAGGGGUAGUGGGAGCAGAGUUUUGGUUUUUGCUAUCUGCCUUUUGGCUGAUCUCACUCACUGGCAUCGCUUUAAAUAUCUUCAUUGUUAUUGUGAGUACCAACUUACAGCCUCCGAUGGUGGUAAAGAAAAGUUCAAAAGUAUUAUACCUUUCUUGGAUGAUUCUGCGUCAAAGAAGUGCAUGGGUGAUCACGUUUUUAUUCUAUCUAGCAAGAAAAUGGUUAAAAGAGACAAGAAUUAUGAGGAGGCAUCAUUUGAAUUUGCCAUCAUAGAUUUUGAUUACGAAAAAUUAGAAAGUAUCGAGGUGGAGAGAUGUGGUGUUCAUAUAUUUUACGUGGAUGCAGAGAGUGAUACUGAUACUACAGAAAUGGAUCAAAAGAAGCUUUAGCCAUGAUGGUGAAGAAGGGGAUAGAGGCCCUAAACGAUUGAAAUAGUUUUUAUUUCUUUUCAUCUUUGGCUUUGGUUUUCAGGAGUUUCAACUUCUGAAUCAUGUCAUCCAAAUGCAUAGGUAUAGAAUAUAUUGUCCAAGAAGGAAAUUCUCCAUAUUAAUUGAUUUGGAGGAAAAUUGAACGGCAACCGGAGAUUUCAAUACGGUAGCAAAAUGAUUCUGCUUUGGAGUUGAUAAAAUAUCCAUAGGGACCCACCAAAAUUUAGAUAUUAAAAUUCAUGCUUAAUUCUUAUUGACAGUUGACUUGCUAUUGGUUGAUUUUUUUUAAUUCAUAGAACCAAUGGUGGACUCGAUCCAGCUUCAUUGUUUAGUUUCCAACAUCGGUGUCUGCAUUUUCCGUCAAUGAUAUCUUGAUUCAUUAGAAA